UCCAACUCACCCACGUCUAUACGCACGCGUUCUACUAGAUUUUCUACUAUCUGUCAACCGGGGCUGCCCAAGGAAUUCUUUACAAAUCUUCCGCGGCAAGGGCACGCAAGCGAGCAAUUCAAUCGAACCCAUCACUCUUUCUCUCUCGCGCAACCGACCCAUCGAUCAAUCGUCCGCUCGUUCGCGUCCAAUCGCCCAAAUUUCUCCAAUUCAAUCGAUCUAAUCGAGAAAGAGGUAUGUCGCCCAUAGCAGCAGCCGUGGCGCAGGGCGUUGGAGUGGUAGCGGGGGCUCUGUUGGUGAAGAAUCUGCUAGAUGCGGAGGCAAAGAAGCCAAUGGCGGGGGGAUUUCCGCGCUGCCCGAGAUGCAAUGGGGCGGGAAGAACAGAGUGCUUGUGCACGCGAUGGUCGGACAAGGAUUAUGGGUGCCGGAGUUGUGGGGGAUCUGGAAGAAUGCGGUGCAAUAGCUGCGGUGGGAGUGGCACGGGAAGGCCAAUUCCAGCGCAAGUCCGAGCAGGAAGAGGGCAGUGAGCACGUUAAGUCUGGGUGGUGUAGUUGGUCAUCACGCUAGUCUCACACACUAGAGGUCCCCGGCUCGAACCCGGGCUCAGACACCAGUUGAUUCUUUAUACUGUAAUUUAUACUAUUAUCAAACAAAUUUUAGAUUUAGAUAUUUGUGGCUCGAA